CUUGGUGUGGUGCUUCGCCGAGUGCUAGGAUUCCAGCCCGACCUUUGAUAUUUCUGGUCUGUGAAGUGGAAGUGCAAUGAACUGACAUGAUUACGGGACCGGAGGCCAGGCAAACGCACAGGUUAUUGGACUUGAAGAAGCAGCAAUGGGCCAAGGAGAGAGAGGAAAUAGCUCGCAUGGAUGAGAUGUACCAUCAUCAGCAAACCUCGCACCACAAAAUCGAGCGCACCUCCAUUCGCACUUACUACUCCAACUUGGAUCUCAGCCAGACUUCGACCUCCAAUCAAACUUCCAGUCACUCGCGAAGAAACCAAGGUCCGGAUAUGCAAUUAAUCCUACGACAGCCGGAGUAUCGACAGGGCAAUCAGGCGUACAUGAACCAAUUGGAGAGAUAUAUAGACGAUCUGGAUGUGGAUGCCGAUGCGGAUUUCGAGGACGAGAACGAGUCCAUGUAUCGCAGGACGCGAAGGGGAAGCUAUGCACCCGGAAUGACUUCACGUCAGAUGCAGAAUCCUGCUCGCUAUGCAGAAUUGGUUCCCACAUCCCUGCAAACGGCAAAGGGAAGAAUGCAGAAUUCGCGACAGGAGCAACAAAUGAAGCUGCAACACCAGCAACUUCUGUUGCAACAGCAGCAGCAGCAGCAACAUUUGCAGCAGCAACAGCAACGCCUGCGGAGUCCCAGUUUGCCAGCCAUUCGACAGAGGGUGAGGCACCAGGAAAAGACGGGGAAGCCAACUGACAUUGAUCCCGGCAACGGGGCACAUCGAUUAAACAAUCCCCCGGGAAACCCAGGAGGAGCAGGAGGAGGAGAAGGAGGGGUUGCACCUCCCGGUUGCCAGGAGGAGGACACUUCCGGGUAUCUGAGCGAUACGCCCAAGAAUCCCCACACCCCGGACAUUUGGUUCAACGACGGUGCGAGCCAAAUCGAGAGCAUUAGUGGAAUGGGCAGUGCCAGUGUCCUCGACGGCGGCAGUGUGGGCGCAGUGGGCGGGGGCGUGGCCGGUUGCCGACGCCUCCGCCGAUCGAUACAGGCGGGUGGCACAGCUGCACCGAUUCCUGCACCCAUCCCCAUGCCCAUGCCCAUCCAACGACCGCCACCCCGGCUGGAGAAUCCGCUGAGCAAGGUGUACGCCAUCAAGGGUCGCCGUGUGCCAGGGCAGGGAUACGAGCCACUCGCCGCCGACGGAUACUUGGCCGACGGAUACUGCUACAUGCCUGCUCCGCCCAGCUCCUCGAACAUGAGCAUGAGUCGCGAUGUCUCCACCUCAAACACCUACCAGGUGCACAUUGGCAAUCCGGAGCAGAGUGACUUCUAUGUCCACGAGCAGCACGAAAGAGAACGCGCUCGUUGGGCCAACUUCAAUGGGGGGAAUGGCCAUCAGCCAGCCCAGCAGCCACCGGGAUGGCUCAACCGGGGGAUGCACGAUCUGAAGGACAGCGAGGACGAUGUCCAGUCCAUGCAGUCAUCCUCCACCUAUCUGAGGGGUCAGAAUGCCCCACUGGAUGCCCAAACUCUGGCCGAGAGAAUGAACAAGAGGCGCAAGGCAGAAGAGUACCACAAUGCCAUCAAGAAGCAACUCCACGAAAGGGAACUCAUCCGGAAGUGGGAACUGGAACGCCAUCGCCAGGAGGAGCAAAUCGAGGAGGAUCGCCUUCGCAGGCAAAAGCAAUUGGAGCAGGAGCGUCUCGAAUUCGAGAGGAGAACUCUCCAGGAACGCGAGGAGGCGCAGCAGAAAAAGCAGCAAGUUAUGUUGGAUGCCAUACAAAAAGCUGAAGUGGCUGCCAAGUUGGAGAAGCAAAAGAAGCGAAUGGUUCGCCAGCCAUCUAAAAUGUCACAGGAAACUGAGGAGGAGGAGUCCGAACUCCUUAGAGUUCAAUCCGUGGAGGAGGAUGAGGGAGAAACUGGUGCAGAAGAACCUUCUCCCCAAGAGGAGGAACCCUCCAAUACACCACGAGCUCCACCGCCAGUUGUCACAGAAGAAAAAGUCCUCAUAGGCACACCCAUCAACCUUCGACGCACCAUCACAAAACCCAUUAAACAACCCAAGGACUCCAAAAAGGAGGAACCCAAAGGAGCAACCCAAACCAAGAGACAGACUUCGUUUUUGGGAGAGGAUAAGGAGAACAUGGCUUUGCUGAUGCAACCGGCAACCUUAAUACCAUUGCCUGUUACCAGCGAUAUAUUUGGUCUCCAAAAUGCCAUUGGUAACCUACAAAUCGCCACUUAUUUCAUGCAACAACCCAUGCAAAAGCAGCCACAAACUCCGGGUUCUUAUUCAAAGGCCACGAUGACCCAUCGAACUGAUACUUCAAUUUACACAGAGGAUGGUUAUCAGGCGGAGAAGGAGGAUGAACCACUCGAGACUGCGAGAUCUGGUCGAACGGAUUUGGUGACAGCCAGUGGUUGCUUUUCGCCAGAUUCCCUAGAAGUUGAUGUGGCUCCAGUUCCGAUACCAGAACAGGAUAAACUCGCACUGAUACCCCUUAAAACCCCUCUGCAAUUGGGAAACGUAAACAGUUCUGAGGAGAGAGAUGAACUCCACUGCGAGUUGGGUCACCAAGCGGAUGUGGAGACCCAAACCGAGUUGCCACUGAACUGCGAUCUCUGCUUGUUCCACGAUAAUUUUUACAAAGUGUUGCUGAAGCGGGAGGUUUCCACCACAACCACCACCCAGACAUCCAAAUCGCAAACGCAACCCGCUAAGGAAUCCACUGCUGAAAAGGAUCACGAGACCACGACAACCACAACCACCACUACAACAACCACUUUCAAGGCCAAGAGCAAGGACAAGGAUAAGGACAAGAAUCUGAAGAAGAACCAGAGCAAGGACAAGGAUGCCAACAAGAUGGACGAUCGACCCAAGUGGGGCGUCAAUCGACCGGUGGUUCAGUAUGUAAAAGCCAGCGAUCGGGAUCCGUUUUGCCUGCGCAAGAAGAAAAACCACCCGAGCACCGCCAAGCCACCGAGAUCCCUGUCGAUGGAUUCCAGAUUGGAUAGUGUGGCGGCUCUUCCCGAGGAUCGGUUGAUAAAUAUCGCCGGAGGACCUCCUUCGGCAGCGGGAGAACAGGAAGAGGAGGGUUUCCUCCUCAAAGCGCGAAAUGUUUGCACCGAAAUUCUGCCGAUUAAAACCGAUGACAAGGGUCGCAUUUUCCUCAAUUUCCGCGAGGCGAGUGCCAUCAUGAACGAGGACGAGAUCAAGGACAAGCUGCGGCAGAAGUACUUCAACUUUGGAAGGAUCCUGCCCCGCAGGAGUUGGGCCUCGGCCACCCAACACGCCCUGCCCUUCAGUGCGGUCACCACUGCACCGCCACUGCAAACCACGGUGGGUGACCUGGCGGACGAUUGA